AUGACGCUUCCGCCGGACAACCGCAUCUUGGGGGUCGACAUGUACCGCGCCACCGCGCUCUCGAUGGUCCUCUGGCUGGGUCUUCUCGAGGUGACCGAGGCGUGCGGCGAGGACGAGUGCAACUGGACGCAGCCGCUCCACUACUUUGAGCAGCUCUCCGGCCUCUUCUUCCUGCUCUCGGGCCUGGGCAACGCGCUCUCCAUCCUGCGCAACCUCCAGCGCGGCCGCUCCGCCGCCUCUCUCCUGUGGGCGCAGCUCCUUCGCUCCGCCAUCCUCACCGCGGUCGGCGUCGGCAUGCGCGGCGUCUGCCUCUUCGUCACGCGCCUCGCAAAGCCGCUGCACAAGGACGAGGCGACUCCGUCGUCCGCCUGGCCGCCGUAUGCGGAGUGGCCGUCGCUGCUGCGCGCCGACGGACUCGCUGCCCUCGAGUCUCCGCGCGCCCUCGCCUUUCACGGCGUCACGACCGGCCUGGCCUCCGUCGUCGUGUUUCUCCUCCUCGCCCUCCGCCUGCCCGCCGCCGCUCUGCCGCCCGCGCUGCUCGCCGCCGCCGCCGCCACGCUCGCCGCCAACGCGCCCGCGCGCCGACUCGCCGACGGCGCCACGUGCUGCACCCCGCCGCUGCCGGCCGAGGCGGCGCCCGGCAGCGGUCCGCCCGGCGGCGGUCCCGACACGAGCGCGCCGCGCCACCCUCUCUUCCUGUGCGGCGAGACGAGCCUGAGCUUCACGGCGUCGCCCGGGGCGCUGCCGUACUUUCGGGUCCCCGCGGCGUGCGCCGUCGUGCACGGCUACGCCAACACCAGCGGCACCGUCCACACUCCCAACGCCUUUGACCCGUGCGACUUUGGCGCGCCGGCAGGCGGCGGCUCGCUCUACCUCCCUCCGUGCCACACGAGCGAGCGAGCUGCCGAGGGUGCCACCGCCGCCAACGACGGCGCCGCACGAGCGCGGGAGGUGCCGCCCAGGCCAGGCCGACUGUGCGAGUCCCGCCGCUCCCUUGUAUCGUCAAACUGCUCCGAGCCUUCUGCGUGGCCGUGCGCCGCCGCCGGCUGCCGCAAGCCUCCCGAGCUGCCGGCGGCGAGCGGCGUGCUGCCGCGGCCUCCACCCGCCGACGCCGCGGCGGCGGCGAGUCUGACGGCUCUAGACGGCGCGGCUGCAGCUGGCUGCGCGCCUCUCGCCGCCGCCGGCCUCUGCUCCGCCGACUUUGGAGAGGCGGCCGCUGCCGUCGGAAUCGAUGUCAGCGCGGCGGGCGAGGGCGGGGCGCUGCCUGCCGCCGACACGCCCGUCACCGAGCUGUGCCCGCUCUCGUGCACGCCGACACUGUGCUCCAACUCGAAGAGCUCCGCAGCGCAGGCGGCUUCCAGAAUUGAGCAGGCGGCGCGCUUCAAGAAGUCGGUGGACGCCUCAAUGGAUGACAAGACGGAGGAGGAGAAGGCCGAGGUGGAGGCGCGCAAGCGGGCGGCGGCGGAGAAGAAGCGCGCCGUGCGGAGGGUGCUGCUGCGCGGCGCAGGCUGUGCUGCGACCCAUGAGCGCGUGGCGGCGAGGCCUCCCGCCCGCCGACCUCGGCGCAAUCUGGUCGUGGCCCGCGUCUGCCAGCGCCAGCCGUGGUACCGCACCAAGUUCACGCGCGAGCACUCCUACAACCACACCGCGCGCACGUGGCAGACCUCGCGAGACGCGGCGCCGCGCACCGCCGGCGCCGUCUACCUCGUCCGCGCCACCGGCGCGGCGCUGCAGCUGCUGUUUGGCCUGCACGGCGCCACCGCGUACCUAGCGCCCACCCUUGCCGGCUGCGCGCUGGGCGCCCACAUCCACACGCGCGGCGGCGUCUCGUGGCGGCUGCUCGCCGCCGCAGCCGCGUGCAUCUCCGCCGCCGCGUGCGUCGGAGUCCGCGGUCUGUACCUGCUCCGGAAGAAGGCCGCCUCUCCGGGCGCCUUCCCGGAGCAAGUCGCGGAAGACGCGCUGGAGCGAGGCGCCUCGCAGGUGCGGCUGCUCUGGCUCGCUCCGGAGGCGGCGUGCCUCGUCGCCACUUUUGCCAUCAUCGAUUUGCCGAGCGCCCGAUCGCGACGGCACCGCGCGGUGUGGGAGGCGCAGACCCGCGCCUUCCGCCGCGUCGGGCAGAUGAGCCUCACCGUCUACGCGUGGAUGGAGCCGCUCGCACAGCUCGCUCGAAUCCCGCUCCAGCGCGCGUUGCACGCGCGCGGCAUGAGCGUCGAGCGCGCCAAGCGGCAGCAGCCGGCCGAGCAGGCGGCGCUGCUCGGCUUCAUCGUCGGCAACUACCUGCUCUGGAUCGGCGUGCUCGCGGCGUGGUCGCGAUUGCGAUUGUGGCGAGAUGUAGGCUCGUUCGAGUGGCUCAUCGAGCGGCUCGUCGCCUCGCGCUCACAGAUCGCCUCCAAGCGGGGUGGCGGCGGUGGCGGCGGUGGCGGCGGUGGCGGCGCGGCGGCGGCGGGAGGAGGAGGAGGAGAAGGGGGAGGAGGAGGAGAAGGAGAAGGGGGAGGAGGAAGAGGCGGCGGCGGCGUUGCGGGCGGCGAUCCGCCCCCGACGGGCGUGCUCUUCGAUGGCGGCUGGCUCGACUGGGCAGUGGUCUGGGCAGAGAUCCUUGGGAUCAUCUGGGUUCCGGCACUUGUCUUCCGGCUCGUCUUCACGGCGAUGGCGGCGGAGAUGGGCGACAUCUACCACCAGAUGAACUCGACCCACUUUUGGGUCUCCAACGUGACCGCCGACGACGAGCCCGCAAGCCACCGCAGGGGCCGGGACAAGCCGCCGCCGCCACAGCGGGCCAACCUCAACGCGCUGCUGCUCGGGCUCACCGUUGCCACCGUAAGCGCCGGGAUGCUCCUCGGCCUCGCUUCGCUGGCCGCGCGACGCUCGGUCGCUCGCCGCCCGCGAGAGAAGGCGGACUAG